AGUUCUAUCUGAACAGUUCGUAAGGAAUUUUGAGAGAAGUUACAAUUUGAAAACGCAAAAAUGUCGUUCUUACGUCGUGAAUACAAAUUCGAUAACUCCACUUUGAUUUCAAACGAUAGUGGAAAAGUAUCUCCAGUUCGAAGACUUCGCAAAGUCCUCAAACCCAUUUUGAAAAUCGUGAAAAGGAAAUCCUGCACGCGGAAAACUCUUGCCGAAAUUUUGGACAACAACUACAACUCGUCUUUGGAGGAGAUCCGUAGUGAAGCAUCUUCCGAAGAAUUGGACCAGAAUGACGCCAACGAGAUGCUGGAGGAGCAGUUGCUCAACAAGUUAUCGGGCCAGCGUCAACGUUGCGUUCCAGUGCAUUAUGUCCGUACGGAAAUCGGAACAUUCUUCUGGACCUCAACACAGAUGAGCAGUUAAUUGAUCAGGUCGCUGGGAAGGAUCAUUGACGCACAGUGGUGAUUUCUUUGACUCGGUCAUGGAUUAAAAUGGACGUUCGGCUUCGAGGACCUUCGAGGAAAUGCAGAGAUUGAGCAUGGCUCAGCGGCAACGAAUAGCUUUACUUGAGAAGUGAUAUUUAGGCGCUACUCUACUGUGAUGUUUAGAGUGCAGAAAAGUUUUAUAAGAAAAAAAUGUAUAAUCAUGUCUUCCAUUUUGAUUGUAUACUUAUCAUAAGAUCGAGAAAUUAAAAAUAUAUU